AUGUCUAUAGCCUUAGAGUAUCCAUUAGUGAGCUCACGUGUGACACCUAGGACACCUAGGCAUCACCACCAUCACGAGGCAGAUAACUUUCCUGCUCAGCGGUUCAAAGUGGGAUACCAGAAAGUCAUAUUGGACAUUGACCUUGCCGAGCAAACUAUUUAUGGAGAGACUGAAAUUACCGCUUUGCCCUUAGAAGCCUCUUUGAAAGAAGUGAAGCUUGACUGUCAUGGAAUUCAAAUAAAAUCUGUCAUCGUUAACCAGAGAUGCGCCCGAUUCUCCUACUUAGAUUUUGGUCAAAAUGACGAAUAUAUGAAUGAUACUGACAAUUCCGUUUUGGCAGAUUAUAAAUAUGAUUCUUACGUUGACACAAACUCUACUACGAGUUCUGUGGAGCAGCAUCAUUUUUAUAGGGGCAAGCAUUACCCUCUAUAUUCCGAUCAGAAUAACGCCUCUCACCCUUCUUCUUCCUACCCUCAAUCUUCCUCAGAGCUUGUGAUCAAGAUACCUGAGAGUAUCAAACUUAGACUUCAAACUACUACAAAUACUACAUCUACCAAUUCCCGGCAGAACUUUUCGUCUCCAGUCGGUAGUGCCAGGUCCAUCAAUGGUACUCCAGCUACUGCCAAUGGGUUGGUCAAUUCUGAUAAGGUGUACACUCCCUUGAAUAUAAAGAUUAUUUAUACAGUGAGAAAUAGCAGAAAUGGUAUUAUCUUUCACGGUGGACGCCAUACAGAUAUUCCAAAAAAUCGAUGGUUUUGCUAUACGUUCAAUAAUGCGCUAAAUUGCAGUGCCAGCUCAUGGGUUCCCUGUGUUGACAAUUUUCACGAGAAACCUGCUUGGGAUAUCAAUAUAGUGGUACCGAAGACUGUUGGAGACAUUGGUGAAACCAAAAUCGUCGGCACUAAGGAGGCAGAAAAGGCUUUUCGUAAGAUUCAGCUAGAGGAAAUGGAUGAAGAUGAUGCUGAAGAUGCUGUAAAAAAAGUGGCGGAAGAAGAUGAGGAGGAUGACGGUCAAGAGUUUAUUGAUGAAUCCACGCCCAUAGUGGUUGCUGUUCCGGAUUUGGUUAGUUCUAAAGAGACUCCACAGCAAUUUGAUUUGGGUAAGAAAGUAGUGAAUUUUCAAUUCUACAAUCCAAUUUGUGCACAUCAUUUGGGAUUUGCAGUGGGCCCAUUUGAGAAAACUCCAUUACUCGAUUUGAAACCUGGCACCGACAGAAUUCUUCCAAGCACAACGCUUUUGAACUCUUUAGACGAUGCCAGCGAUGAAGCAAUAGAGUUAUCAGUUGAGGCCAAUUCCAAUAAGGUGCCAACAAUGUUUUACUAUCUUCCUGGAAUGAAGAGAGACGUGAUUAACACAACCAUUUUUCUCUAUAAAGCCUUAGACUUCUAUUCCAAGGAAUUCAGCUCGUUUCCCUUCACGAGUUAUACACUCGUUUUUAUUGAGGACUUCCCAUGCGAUGCAUGCUCUUUUGCAGGUAUUACGAUUGCAAGUGAUAGCCUUCUUUAUGGCCCGGAACUUGUCGAACCGAUCUUCAAGACCACAGAGAUUUUAGCUGUUUCUUUAGCUGAGCAGUAUGCUGGAGUCAAUGUUCUUCCGAGGACUCUAAAUGAUAUAUGGUGUACAGUGGGACUUUCUAAGUACAUGGCGCUGCAAUUUCUAAAAAAAUUGUUUGGUCUGAACCAGUAUAAGUAUAUGAUCAAGAAGCAAUCUGAUUUACUUUGCAAACUGGAUGUUGGAAUGAGGCCCCUAGCCAAUCAAUGCUUUCGAUUCCCCUUGCUAUUUGAUCAGGAUUUGGAAUUUAUAAGGCUGAAGGCACCUCUUAUUUUAUACAUUCUUAAUCAACGUAUGACAAAAACAGAUAGAUCUUUUGGUCUUUCCCGUGUCAUUCCGAAGAUUUUCCUUCAAGCAAUGUCCAACGAUCUACCUGGUGGUAACUGCUUGUCCACUUCACAUUUUCAGCAUGUCUGUGAGAAAGUUGCCCAUCAUAAACUUGACGAGUUCUUCUAUAACUGGGUCCAUAAUACUGGUGUACCUAUCUUCUCCAUUACUCAGAAGUUCAAUAAGAAGAGAAUGUUUAUUGAGAUGUCCAUCAGGCAAAUACAACGGUCCAGUACGCCCAGAGACAACGAUGAUGUGCUAUCUACGGAAUUAAGAGAGGAUAAAAUCUCAGAUUUCCGUAGGAGACAUUUUGUCGACGAGGCUGGAAGAUAUGUCACAAAGGAGCCGGACUUUGAACCUCAAAAUGCUUUCACUGGCCCCGUUACAAUCAGAAUUCACGAAGCAGAUGGUACGCCUUACGAACACAUUAUGUAUAUUAGGGAUGGAUACACCAAACUUGAUAUUCAGUACAACACUAAGUACAGAAGAGCUAAAAGGAAGAAGGAAGGUGUUUGGGAAGAAGACGAGGAAAAGGAAGGCAGAAAGAGUAAAGAUGAAGAAAAGAAGGACAGUUCAUUAGGUGACGUGUUGAUGACGGCUACAGAGGCUGAAAAUUGGAGGUUGAAGGAGGAUGAUUCUUCGGAUGAUAAUUCGUUUUCUGAUCCUCAGGCAUAUGCCUUCGAGUGGAUGAGAUUUGAUGCCGAUGGCGAGUGGAUUUGCCAGAAGCGUAUUAACGUAACAGAUCAAAUGGAGGAGUCCAAACUUCGGCAGGAUAGAGAUGUGGAGGCACAGUUAGAGGGCGUCAUACAUUUUGGAGACUCUUUGAGGCCGAAAUUGCACUAUGCAAACGUACUACUCAGGACCUUGAUUGAUAAGAGGUACUACUUUGGUGUUAGGACUGAGGCUGUUCGGGGAUUGAGUAAGAUCUCCAAGGAAGAAAAUGAUCAUAUUGGCAUGAGAUAUUUACUUAGAGCAUUCAAGAAUCUCUACUGUUAUAACGGUGAAACGAAUGCUUACUAUGAUGAGUUUGACCCGAAAGAAUAUCUUCCAGUCCCUAAUGAUUUCUCUAACUUUACUGAUUUAUUUGUUAUGAAGGCCAUUGUGAAGGGACUUUCGCAGAUUAGAAAUAAGGACGGUGAUAUCCCCAUUGAAUUGAAGAGAAUUUUAUUGAAUAUCUUCAAAUAUAACGAUAACAUGGAUAAUGAGUUCGAUGACUGCUUCUACGUCUGUGACCUGCUCGGGUCGUUAUCAAAUCUUAUCAUUCAUUCUAACAAGGUCAUUGCUAAUCACAAUAUCUCUGCUCUGGAUGCUUCUGAUACAGAUGUUGGUGGUGACGAUCGAUUCUCGCAAGAGACCUUGAUGGAAAUGAAUAGAGCUGUGAAGAUGGACGAGUGGUCGCCAUCAUAUCACGACUGUGUGGAGAGGAAGGUAUUCCAAGAAAAAAUUCGUAUGGUUCGAUGUGGGCUUAUUAACAUGCCUUUUCAAGAGCUUGUAUCAUACACCGGUGCUAAACAUAACCCGGAUAUUCGUAUUUUAGCCUUUGAAGGUCUGCUACUUCUGGGAGGACUUAAGAAUGGUCAUGUUUUGGAGCUCUUUUUUACCACCCUCAAGAUCGAUCCUUCAGUUUAUGUCCGAUAUCAUUUAAUGAGGAUUUUUGAGAAGGCUAUAGGUGUUGCCGCAUUUGAUGAUACACCAUCAAUUCUAGACGAUGAAGAAUUUGCUGAAGCUAAGUUAAAAGAACAAAUUCAAAAGGAGCAGGAAAAGAAAAAGAUGAGUAUAAACGGAAACGGCCCUAGCAGUGCUAAUUCGAAUGGACUGGCAGGAAAUGGCAUGGUGAUUGUUGAGGAAAGUUCUUCUGGUGACUUAAUGCAAUUCAGAAGGGAUCAGAUUGCCAGGAAAACGAUUAGCGGUGCCAUUGCACUUUUGAGAAGGGACUACGCCGUUGGCAAUGGGUUGCAGAAACAUAUAUGGGAGGCUAUGCAUUCCUGUAUGCUUUCAAUUGGGGCGAAGAGAGAGCUUCUUGACAUCGCUAUCAUUCUCUAUCGUGCUAGAAACACAUUUGUUGUCAGACUGGAUCUUCCUACCGACAAAAAGAUAAUAGCAGUUAUUGAAGAAAAGAGUGUGGAUCAAUCAGAUCCUAAUACCGGAAAAUUUGUAAUUGGAAUGAAGAGGGAGGGCAGAUUGAUGAUUCAGAUUCCUACAAUAAAGCUCAAGAACACAUACACAACAUCAUCUACAUUGGCAGCAGCUCCUGUCCAAUCUUCUAUAGGGACUACGUCAAGGCCUUUGUUGAGAUUGCAUAGUGCAGGAAAAGAAAGAUCUUCUGCAAGAACCCUAACUCCAAAGGUGGGUUCGAAAUCGGUGGGACUCGCUGUUAAGGUAGCGGUAAAAUCAGAACCUCUUGGUGCUGUAGAAAUUCCACCAACUGCACAACCUCAAGUGAAGGAUGUGCAUGUACAGGUAGAUGCCGCUGACGGGAAGUUCACCAUCAGGUUGAAAUUUAAGAAAGGUAUAUCUCUUCCUGGUGCUCCAAAGAAGGCGAAGUGUCAUGUUACCAAAACAAGCUCAAUCCUUCCGAUCAGGUACGUGAAGAUCAGACUCAAUGAGAAAGAAAUAUGGUUAUCUGAUGCCGAUAAUUUUGGAAUUAAAGCUCCUUCGAAACAGGAGGUGUUGGUUCCCAAAGGUAAACCUACAAAGCUAGUCUCCUUGAAGAUAGUGCCCGAAAAACUGGCUAAAUUCACCAGCGACUCACUUGAUAAGUGA